AUGGAGUCUAUGGACACAAAGGAGUCCUCAUUGGAGGACAAGAGUUGUCGUCAAUUUGUGGUCAAUUUGAUGACACGAGACAACCGGUGGUCUGUGCCCUCCACACCAUAUUCACUGAAUGGCUCAACACUGGCAUUAGAUCUGAAUUCUCUGAUAAAGACAUUGCUGUCCGAAGAUAAUGAUAAUGAAAGUGAUGUCCAUUUAGAAGACAUUGAAUUUGAUUUCAUAAUAAAUGGCAAACUAUUGCGAGUAUCGAUUGAAGAGUUGGUCGAAAGCGAAGGAUUGAAUGCCGAGAAACAGAUUGAGAUCGAGUUCUUCGUGAAGUCGUGUCCACCGAAACCAUACAACUCUCUCCUACACGACGAUUGGGUGUCGUGUGUGGACUGUCACCGCAAUUGGAUUAUCAGCGGAUGUUAUGACAAUUCAGUGCAUAUCUGGGACCUAAACAGCGACGGUUCCCAUAAGAUCGCAAUUCCGGCUCAUUUGGCGCCCAUUAAAGACAUCCAAUGGAUUGGCGGCCAAUCGGACAAUGACUCCGAGGAUCACAUGUUUAUCUCGAGCUCUCACGACGAGACGGCUAUUGUCUGGAAAUGGAAUUCCCGGUCAAAUCAAGUGGAAUACCUGUUCUCAUGCAGAGGUCACUCACGGUCUGUGGAUUGUGUUGAUGUGAGCAAUGACUUGAUAGCCACCGGUUCCUACGACCAGAUGCUUAAGAUAUGGUCAUUAGUUGACGAUAAGAAAGAUCCGGAAGAGUCGGAAGCGUCCACUUCUAAGCAGAAGAAAAUGAAGAAAAAUGACGGAUCAGUUAGUGGUGAUAAAAACCGGACUCCCAUUAUAACAUUGAGUGGACACAAAGAGGCGGUCACUGACUGCGUUUGGGUGAAGGGGUCGACCACUACUGACACGAGUAUAGCCAACAUCGCCACCUGUUCCAUGGAUAACACGAUCCGUUUGUGGGACAUAGAGGUCGGCGAAAGCAAGCAGACGUUGACCUCAAAUAAGGCGUUUUUAGCCGUUUCUUAUUCACCACUAAAUCAUUGCUUAAUCACCGGUUCGUGUGAUCGACACAUCAGACUCUGGGACCCGAGGGCCAGCUCUGGCUCUCUGGUGACAGGAGUUUAUAGUUCCCAUCAGUCGUGGGUUUCGUCCAUCGAUUUCUGCAAAACCAAUGAAUUUCAGUUCAUUUCCGGCUCUUAUGAUAAUGUAGUCAAACAGUGGGACAUCCGCUCAACAGACGCACCCCUUUAUGACCUCAUCGGACACGAAGACAAAGUCCUUUGCGUGAACUGGUCUUCGGAGGAGUAUAUGAUCAGUGGGUCAGCAGAUAAUCACUUAAAGAUAUUCUCAAAUUCCGAUAAGAAAUCAAUGAAAUAA